AUGAGGGACGUUUUGUCUAAUACAUGUAAUGUCAACUUCAGACCGUCAAUACUAUGGCCACAUGGGUUCUUCCCGUUAAAAGCGGGAACUACUGCAUAUUAUAAACUUGGAGCUUCAAUUUACGUAGGACAUUACCAUCGUUUAUUGAAGAAGCAAGAUGAUGAUCCUAAGAUAUUUGCAAAGAGGAGCGCGUUUCCUCUGACUGGUGGAGCUUACACGGACAACAAAAAGGCGCUGCAGUUAUGCCUAAAUAGAGUUGAUGAAAAAGCGGAGACUGGAGGGAUAUUCAAAGCGCCAUGCGAAUUUGACAAUGAAAAGUUUACCUGUAAGGCCUACACUGCUGUUUUACCCACAAAAAAAGCAAUAGUAAUAGCUUUCAGAGGGACAGAUCAAGGAUUUGCGCAACUGGUUAGGGAAGCAUGGCAGAGUAUUGGCUUCAAGGAAAAGUGGCCAUAUGGAGGUUAUGUUUCUGGUUACUUCAGCCAGGCUUUCCAGCGAUUAUGGGCAGCCGGUUUGGACAAGCAGGUUACAGGCCAUCUCGCGAAGUACUCUGGCUACGAGAUCUGGAUUACGGGACACUCCCUUGGUGGCGCAAUUGCAAACUUGGCAGCUUCCUGGGUCAAGUCUCUUCCAGGGUUCAAAGGGAAAGUAAAAUUGGUUACAUUUGGCUCACCAAGAGUGGGCAAUAAAGAAUUCAGUGAUGCUCUUGAGAAAUCGGUGCAAUACGUAUACCGCGUAACCCACAGAAAAGAUCCUGUAGUUCACAUUCCGAAUGUGAAUUAUCAACACGCUGGGAAAGAGAUUUACUACAAGAAUGGAAUGACAUAUAGUACGGAACCCUGUGAUGUGGCCAAGGACAAAGAAAAUUGCUUCGUAACAUGUGCAAAAUCAGAAGACAGUAAGUGUGCUCAGAGCAUCACCGUAAAUUGGCUCAGCCCAGCAAUUGAUGAUCACAAUAAAUACUUCGGCGGCGGCGUAACAAUUAGCGACUGGGGAGACCACGGAUGUCUGUGAUCAACUUUGUAUUCGUUGAAAUAAAGUCAUGCAUUCAUCUGCUGCUACUACACUUCU